AUGCGGCCUGCAGAGCCGGCCGCUCGCGUGAUUACCGGAGCCGCAAAGAAGCUGUUAAUCGCGGCUCUCGGGUUCCGCGAGCGGUCCAGUUUGGAGCCCUGGGACUUCUUACCCUGGGACUGGAUCCCAUUGUGGGUAGCAGGACGGCCGGCUGAAGAAGACAUAAAGUCAGAUCUGUAUAUUCUACUUUUUCAUGUAGUUCAGCGCAUCCCAGAAUAUCUUAUUCUCCUGCAGAAUAUUCUAAAGUACACAGAGCAGGACCACCCAGAUUAUUACUUGCUGUUGGUGUGUGUCCAGCGCCUACGUAUUUUUAUCUCUCACUAUAGUGUUCUGUUCCAGUAUAACGAGGACCUGCUUAUACAGAAGAGGAGAAAACUGAAGAAGUCCUCACUGAUUAAAUUGUACAAAGGUCUGGCAUCACACUGCACUGCCACAAGCCAAGAAGUUCCUCAUGGUUUGACUAAUUCAACAAAUGUUAAGGAAAAUCCAACCCAGUCUAAUGAGACCCUACAGACUUAUUCAUCGGCACCAGACUCCAACACACCAGUUAUGCAUCUGGUUCCACAUCUGAAAAAGAGCAGACAAACUCCAGUAGAAGCUUUACAGCCAUUAAAGACAUCAGAAUGGGAAGCUGAGGGGAAAAAACAUGACAGGUCAGAGAACCUAUCAGUUCCAGCUUCCUUUAGCAGGACAGAGCAAGAAGUCAGUCCAAUUGUGGCCCCACUACAAUCUAUUCCAGAGAUGGAAUAUGAAGGUAAUCCUUCAGUGCUUGAUAUGGAACAAUCAAUACGAACUACAGAAAAAAUUCUGCCCGAUGGUACUUUUGCAACUAACUAUGAACAAUUUGAGUAUGGUGAUGAAAUUAUAGGAGUGUCCACUCCAUAUGAAGAAGAGACAUUUCAAAACAGACCUCUCUUUGAGUCAUAUUCUGCAGGUUCCUCUGAAUCUAGCCUUGAUAUUUGCUUUUUGAAGCCAAUCAACUUCACGCUUGAAUCCAACAAAACUGACCGUUCUCAGCAGCCUUUGGCAAGAAGCUGCAUUUCCCCUGUGAGUAAUAGUAGCUACAGACAUGAAGGAAUCCAUGGGAAAAACAAGCCUCUGAGUCGAUCUCUUAAGGAGUUCCCUCGCAAUCAAGAGGCACUGGCUACCAGGAUGUACAGCACAAGAAGCACCAAUGCCAAUAGGAUGCAGUUCAAGCAGGAUCAAAGCACCCAGUACCAUCCUUUAUUAGCCUCCUCUCACAUCUCCCACAGGCACUUUUACAAUCCUCAGACGCCGCAUGUAGAUACCAGAUCCCUGUUAGGGGAAAUCCACAUGGAUGGAAAUGCAAAAUUCUAUCAAAAAGAUGAAACUGAGCAAACAUCAUUCAGUGAUCAUCAUCCCAGGUCAGAUCAGAAGGGAGGUUUCCGAAGCUCCUUCCGUAAGCUGUUUAAAAAGAAGUACUGUGGAGUAGACGGCAAGGAGAAGACAAGUGAGAAAUCAUCCAUAGACCAGUCUCCAACAAGGCAGGAGAUCUUCAGAGUUCACUCUGCUCUUAUCAAUGAGCUUGACCGUGGGACAGCUGUAUAG